GCCGGGCGCGGGCACAGCCGCCGGGGCCGCGCCGCCGCCUCGCGCAUCCGCUUCCGCCGCCUCCGCCGCGCGGUGCCGCCGCCCCCGGCGCUUCUCUCCUCCGCCCCACGCGGCGUUGACGGGACGCGCUCGGAGAAAGUCAUCAGUUUCAAAAUGUCAUCGGUCAAGCGCUUGGUUUAUGCUUUCAUCCAUUUCUUGAGAGAGCAGAGUGAGAUAGAAAGUUUCACUCCAGAUGAACAAGAAAGCUUGGAAGUUGCAAUUCAGUGUCUGGAGACCGUUUUUAAGAUUAACCCAGAAGAUACUCAUCUUGCACCUCCACAGCAUUUGAUAGAAAUGUUUGCAAAUUCUUUCCACAAGAAUGAUAAGAUGCCUCUCUCAGAUUCUUUACCAGAGGAUAUUGAAAAGGCUGACCAUCUGAAGGAUGAAGGUAACAAUCAUAUGAAAGAAGAAAAUUAUGGUGCUGCAGUGGAUUGUUAUACUAGGGCUAUUGAACUGGAUCCAAACAAUGCAGUCUAUUACUGCAACAGGGCAGCUGCUCAAAGUAAACUCAAUAAGUACAGUGAAGCAAUAAAGGACUGCGAGAGAGCCAUAGCAAUAGACCCAAAGUACAGCAAAGCCUAUGGAAGAAUGGGGUUGGCUCUGACCUCAGUGAAUAAAUAUGAAGAAGCAAUUACCAGUUACCAAAAAGCACUGGAUCUUGAUCCAGAAAAUGACUCUUAUAAGUCAAAUUUGAAAAUAGCAGAACAGAAACUAAGAGACAUGUCCAGUCCUACUGGAACUGGACUGAGUUUUGACAUGGCAAGCCUGAUAAACAAUCCUGCCUUCAUUAGUAUGGCAGCAAGCUUAAUGCAGAAUCCCCACGUUCAACAACUGAUGUCAGGGAUGAUGUCAAAUGCCAUUGGUGGCCCUGCUGCAGGUGUUGGUGGCCUGUCAGAUUUGUCCAGCCUGAUCCAUGCGGGGCAGCAGUUUGCACAACAGAUACAGCAGCAGAAUCCAGAGCUCAUAGAGCAACUGAGAAAUCAUGUCCGGAGCAGAUCUUUCAGUGGCAGCACUGAGGAGCAUUCCUGACUUAAAGGAGGCCUGUGAAUUGGAAUGGUAUAUAACCCCGAAAAGCAUACCAUAGUUAGUAGCAAAAGCACCAUUAUUAACUCUUCUGCUUGAAUAGAAGACUGAAAAUUCUUUGUGCGUGUUUGCGAACAAGAAUAAAUCUGUUAAACAGAUCUAUUGCACAUAACAUCAUUUAAUGUAUAGUUAAUCCUCUGAAAAUUAAUAUUCUAAGUACAUUCUGUGGUUUAUUAAAAUCCUUAUGUACAAGUCAUUUUUAGUAUGUGCAUUGGAUUGAUCUCCAGGGGUAUUGAAUGGCAAGGAGUUCCGUAGUUGGCUGAUUUAGUGUAACAUCUUAAUUCUAAAAUCCUAGUGUAAAAGGCAUGUUAUUCUGAUGAUGAAAAUUGUUACAACUGCUGAAACAACAGCGUCAUCAGUCCUUUUAAUGUACACCUGAUGAGCCCUUCUAUAAUGAGUGUAAAUCAGUGUUGGAAUUUAGAAUGUACAUAAAACUACUGCUUGAAGUCUGUUUUUGUCUGUGGAGAGGCUGUCAAGGGUAACAGGAAGUACUUUUUCAACUUCAUUUGGCAGGAGAGAAGGAAAUGACUACAGAUAAAAGAGUACCAAAAAUUGUAGAGAAAAAAGACAAUUCCCAAGUGGGAUUAUACAUAUACUAAAAUGCAAUUUGGUUUGGUAAGGAAAUAGUGGUAAGGAGUUUCGGGCACCUCAGGGGAGGCCAGCAAUGUGGCUCUUAUUUUCACAGGCAUUGCAAACUGUAUUACAUUCUGUAUGUAUGCAGUAUUUAACAUAAGCUUAACAUUUGUAACUGUAAUAACUAAAACUGAUCGUAUGAUUGUAUAAGUAACUAGUACUGAAAACUUAUCCAAAAAGAAUUGCCUUAGAAGGAUUCUCUUUCUGUUCCCGUGUGAUAAAUCACUGGCCUCAGAUUCAUUGCGUUUAUCCAUUUUUAGCAAUGAUUGUAUGGCCCAUCUAAAGAUUCUUCCAGUUCUUGUUAUUUCUGCUCUUACAUUGGUGUUCUUAUUCAGCUAACCUUAUUCUCAAAGAGACUGCUGUUUUUCUAUUUAUUUUUUUUUUUAAUUUUGCUUGCUGCUCACAUUGCUUUCUGCUAUGAGGUGCAUUUGAUUCAACUCCAGGGAGGUUCUCAACGCACAAUUUCCUCUUUCUAAAUUGAAACUAAUUUGAGGAGCCUGCUUUGAUUCCUAAGACAAAGUGCCCUCUGCUGGCCUGUCAGACUAGAGGCAGCCUGAAAGAAGAAAAUAAAGGCUCCCAAAUGGAGAAUGACACAGUAACUCCUUGGACCUUACACAUUACAUCUGAUUUAUCUUGUGGGCAAAACAAACAAACAAGCUCACCAAAACCCCCCUCAAACAGAAGAAAAUGCAAAAGUGGGACCAAGUCAGGCACUCCACUAAGAAAUAUGUGCAUCCAUUGUACAAGCCUUCAGCAGUUAAAACACAGGGAAAAAAUGCAGCUGGGUCCAAGGAGAAAUGAAAUGGAAAAAAAACAAACAAAAAAUCCUGCAAACACAAAAUCCACAUUAUCAUCUGCUGAAUACAUAAGCUUAAUACAGCAACAUCAAGAUAUCCAUAGUUUCUUUGACAGAGCAGCCCUACCCACAGCACUUGAAGAAAAAAUUCUUUGUAAGUUGCUGUAGUUGCCUUUUUAGGGCUAUGGAGAUAUUUAAGCUUCACAUUAGAUGCACUUCCAAAUAAAAACUGUUAACAACAUUUGAUUGACAAAGAAGCUUUUUAACACUAUCUUUUUUCAGAGGUAGUUAAGAUUCAGAAUCUAAUCUAACUGUGAGUUAAGUUCAGUUACACUUAAUAGGACAGGAUACCAUUUACAGGAAAGGUCGAUGUAUGUAUGUGCUAAGUGGGCUAAAACUACUGUACAAGCAGUACUCUGUGUGUUGUGUCAGGAGAGAAGUGUUGCUCCUAGCACAUAACUCCUAUUAAUCUUCAUAUUUCCUUAAUUUUAUUCCAUAGUGAGUUUUAUUAGCUUUGCUAAGGGGAGAGUAGUAAAUCCAGGGACAUCUGGAUAGCACAUGGGGAUCUCUCUCACUUAAUUUAUACUUGCGUUGGCAGCAUUGUUGAUGCAGAUAUCUUUCUACUUUAAAACAGCAAGUGCGAAGAACCUCUUAAGAAUUCCUUAAAAACAACAAAAUGUGGUAAUACUGAUAAACUGCUGUAGAGGUUGUACUGUCUUCCAUACAUACACUUUCUUAAAAAAAUUGUUCACUGAUAUGGCCCUAUAGUUUAUUGUAUUUAUCAGAGUAUAAUCCCCAAGGCAAAAGAGAAUUGAGUUAUUGGUUUGUUAUUUGACAACACUGAAAUCAUCUUUAUGGAUAUUUUACAUACUACAGUAUUGUCACAUUUAGGUUUUAUGCCUGUACAAAUCAUAUGUAGCCAGAAUAUGUAUUACAAUGAUGGCAUUAGCUAACCCUUUUGGAAUGUGCUACAACUUGUGUAAUACUUGUGAACUUUCUUUGUUUCUUGUGUAUUAACAAAAAGGGCUUUAUAGCCUCAAUAAAAGACAGUGCAACCAAUAA